GCCUAUGAGGAUGGCACUACGGGGGGUUGCUUGCCUAAACCCCAGACUGAGGGUUUUACUUGGGAUAGCUCUGGGUUUUUUGCGUAGAUUCUGAUUGGAGAUACUGUCCUCAGUGGACCCACCUGGAAAGACUGCAAAGAGAACUGGACAAUUCCUCCCUCACCUGUGAGUUCUCUGGGAAGCAGAUGAGAUUUUAUUCUGCUGGUUCACUCCUACGAAAAGCUAUCCAAGCCUGCGAUCUACCAGCUUUGAACCUCCACUCUCUAAAGCGCACGGCUCCUACAGUUAAUUGAAAGAGUGAAUCAAACAAGUUUCAGGGGACUGGAAGAAGAAUGCUCCGAGGCCGAUCCCUAUCUGUGACAUCCCUGAGUGGGCUUCCCCAGUGGGAAGUUGAAGAACUUCCCGUGGAAGAUUUGCUUCUCUUUGAAGUUGCUUGGGAAGUGACCAAUAAAGUUGGUGGCAUCUAUACUGUGAUUCAGACAAAGGCCAGAACAACAGCAGAUGAAUGGGGAGACAAUUACUUUCUGAUUGGUCCAUAUUUUGAGCAAAAUAUGAAGACUCAGGUGGAAAAGUGUGAACCUGCAAAUGACGCUGUUAGAAGAGCAGUGGACAUAAUGAAUCAACAUGGCUGCCAGGUACAUUUUGGAAGAUGGCUGAUAGAGGGGAGUCCUUACGUGGUGCUCUUUGACAUAGGGUUUUCAGCUUGGAAAUUGGACAGGUGGAAGGGUGACCUCUGGGAAGCAUGCAGUGUCGGCAUUCCUUAUCAUGACCGAGAAGCCAACGACAUGUUGAUAUUUGGAUCUUUAACAGCCUGGUUCUUAAAAGAGGUGACAGACCAUGCAGACGGUAAACACGUCAUUACCCACUUCCACGAAUGGCAGGCCGGAACCGGACUGAUCCUUUCUCGAGCCCGGAAACUUCCUAUCGCUACAAUGUUUACCACUCAUGCCACACUGCUUGGGAGGUAUCUCUGCGCCGCAAACAUCGAUUUCUACAACCAUCUUGAUGAGUUUGACAUAGACAAAGAGGCUGGGGAAAGGCAGAUCUACCACCGGUACUGCCUGGAGCGGGCCUCCGUCCAUUGUGCGCACGUGUUCACCACAGUUUCUGAAAUAACAGCAAUAGAGGCAGAGCACAUGCUGAAGAGAAAGCCUGAUGUAGUUACUCCAAAUGGCUUGAAUGUUAAGAAAUUUUCAGCAAUGCAUGAGUUUCAAAAUCUACAUGCAAUGUACAAGGCUAGGAUACAAGAAUUUGUUCGGGGUCAUUUUUACGGUCAUCUGGACUUUGAUCUUGAAAAAACUUUGUUCUUUUUCAUUGCUGGGAGGUAUGAGUUUUCAAACAAAGGAGCUGACAUCUUCCUAGAGUCCUUAUCCAGGCUCAAUUUCCUGCUGAGGAUGCAUAAAAGUGACGUCACAGUGGUGGUGUUUUUCAUUAUGCCUGCCAAGACAAACAAUUUCAAUGUGGAAACCCUGAAAGGCCAGGCAGUGCGAAAGCAGCUAUGGGACAUUGCACAUUCUGUGAAGGAAAAGUUUGGAAAGAAACUCUAUGACGCCUUAUUAAGAGGAGAAAUUCCUGAUAUGAACAAUAUUUUGGAUCGAGAUGAUCUAACAAUAAUGAAAAGAGCCAUCUUUUCAACUCAGCGACAGUCUUUGCCUCCAGUGACCACUCACAACAUGAUCGAUGACUCGACUGACCCCAUCCUCAGCACCAUUAGGCGGAUUGGACUUUUCAACAGCCGCACAGACAGAGUGAAGGUGAUUUUGCACCCAGAGUUCCUAUCCUCCACCAGCCCCUUGUUACCCAUGGAUUAUGAAGAGUUCGUCCGAGGUUGUCACCUUGGAGUAUUUCCGUCAUACUAUGAGCCAUGGGGUUAUACUCCAGCCGAGUGCACUGUGAUGGGUAUCCCCAGUGUGACAACCAACCUCUCCGGCUUUGGCUGUUUCAUGCAGGAGCAUGUGGCUGAUCCUACUGCCUACGGUAUUUACAUUGUUGACAGGCGGUUCCGCUCUCCAGAUGAUUCUUGCAAUCAGCUGACUAAGUUUCUCUAUGGAUUUUGCAAACAGUCACGUCGCCAAAGAAUUAUCCAGAGGAACCGAACUGAGAGGCUCUCGGAUCUUCUGGACUGGAGAUACUUAGGCAGAUAUUACCAGCAUGCCAGGCACUUGACAUUAAGCAGAGCGUUUCCAGAUAAAUUCCAUGUGGAAUCCACGUCACCACCAACGACAGAGGGAUUUAAAUACCCCAGGCCUUCCUCAGUACCACCUUCUCCUACAGGGUCUCAGGUGUCCAGUCCUCAGAGCAGUGAUGUGGAAGACGAAGAUGAAGACGAGAGAUACAAUGAGGAAGAGGAGGCGGAAAGGGAUCGGUUAAAUAUUAAGUCACCAUUUUCUCUGGGCCAUGUCCCUCAUGGGAAGAAAAAGCUGCAUGGUGAAUAUAAGAACUGAAUUCCCCCCUGGUGGAACAGAGCUCAUUUAGUGAGAGCACAGUAAGAAUGGUUAUUAAAACCAUGGCAAUGCCACCAGUUUCACUUCCUUCUUCUAAGAAUCACAGUGGGAUUUAUUCUCUGCCUAAAAAGUGGAGAUGACGUGAAUAGCGAUUUUAUCAUUUAAAAUAAAAGCCAAGUUAUUUUCUUAAACUCCUUUCCCUCCAGUAAAUUUAGACAUGAGGAAGAGGGCUAAUUAAAGGAGAGGGACUGGAAGUGUUUUUUAAAUGGUUAAUUUAAGCACUAACAAUUUUUACUAGUUUUUUAAAUUAUCAGCACCAUAAGCCUUUGCUUAUUAUUUAUACAGCUUCCUUACUUACCAAAUAGGUCCCUCAUCCCUUCCCCACCCAAGAUUCUGUUCUCAGCCAUGAAUGUGCACUACCUACAUAUUUUAAAUAACUCGUUCUUUAAUGAUUAUUUUCAUUUUCACGAGUCAAACACAUGAAUUUAUAUCUAGCUUUGCAGGCAAUCAAAAUCCAUAAUAAAGUAGUUAUCCUAAAUCCAAAUAUUGAUACAUAUUCAUGCAUAUUUACAAGGACACUUCUCAAAUUAAUGAUAGAAAGAUGUUACCACCUGUGCUGUAGCAUCUGACUGUAACAAUUUUCUUACUGUUUAAAAGGAAAGCUUAUUUGAAAACUUGGUCAGUCAUCCACAGAUGAUAAUUUUUUAAAUCCAAAUGAAUAAGUAUAUCAAUAUUUAAAGAUUUAACUUUCAUUGGUAAUGUUUUGUUUAAAAUUCUUUUAGACAUUUAAAUAAGAUAACAUGUAUAAAGCACCUGCUACAUAAUAGUGCCUUACAAAGGACAACAUUUUUAAAUAUCUUUUAAAAAUAAAAUUUAUAGUCUAUAACAAGGACAGUGUCUCUAAUACAGUCAUGCUGUGCAUAGAGAUCUUGUUAAAUGUAAUUAAGCAUCUUUAUGUUUUAAAUGUAACUAAAUCUAAAUUGGCAAAAACAAAUCUACACUCACUCUUGGAUUGUUUUUUUUUUUUCACAACCGAGUGUUGUUACUGAGUAUUAUUUACAUCACAGUGAAUACCUUGGUUGGUAUCUCAGUUGGCUAAUUGAGGCUCUAAAAAUGUUUUGGUUUUCUCAGUGCUAUAAUGUUGAUAGCAACAGGGGAAGAAUAACAAUGAUGGUGGGUCAGAUAGUUCAAGAU